AUGAACCCAAACUGGAGAAAGAACAUUGAUUACUACAAGAAUCCGGCCGGUUACCACUUCACAAAGUACACCACAUGGUAUCACUUUGAUCAGGUCCCUAGUGACGACUUGGCGGAAGCGUUGAGUAGAGGCUGGGCGCCUGAAGCAAAGCUCAUGGCAGCCGUGGCUAAAUUCCAAGCUGAACCUUACGACUGCUUCCAAAAGUCCAACCUCCGCAGCAUUGUUCAGAAGAUCAAUGAGGAAAACAGGCGGAACAAACCUAUUGGGAGCUUGGACAGCCUUCCUAUUGCUUUUUGGGAUGCUGACAAAAACUGCCUGUCUGAACGCCUUGGUUGUCGACCUGCCAAGCCUUCAGGAGCUGGAUACGUCAUCUCUUUUGAGAGGACGCUUCACACUGAGGCUCAUAUGACUGUAGGGGUGUGGGAAGUCUUCGUGCAAGUCCUCAAUACCAAAAUUGGAGUUGUAGUGCCAGCAAGAGAUCCUGAGACUUCCCUGGGGAUGCCUGCUCUUUCGAUCGAUUCAAGCAAAAUGACAUGCCCUACCUCUACCUCCUUCGACUAUGCAAACAUCAAAGAAGAACUGGAGAGUAUCUGGAGCAAAGAAUCCGAGGUUGAAAGCUUCCUCCAACAGAUUUGCUCAAGAAGGAAAGAGCUCCUAGAGGAACUGCUGAACCUAAGGCCUGGCAGUUCAUCCAAUGAAAGUGGUUCUGUGGCUGGCGGAAGCCUCUCCGAUUGGACCAAACUUUGA